AUGGCCCAAGUUCCGGACGCGUCUACAGUGCCAGUACCUGAUGUGAGCCCUGAGGAAGAGGCUUUGCUGUUUGGGUCUCAAGGACAGCCGACAGCACCUGCUGGAGGAGCGAACCCUUUUGCGUCGCCUCCGGCAACUCCAGCUCAAGCUCAUGCUUCGCCUGCUGGAAGCCAAGUGGGUGGAGUACAAGCUGGAAAUGGCCUUGGUGAAGGCAACUUCCAAGCCAUCUUCAUGGAGAUGCUAAGGCAACAAAGUCAGGCCAACCAGCAGAACCAGCAGUUGAUAGCUGCCCUCAUGAGAAGGAUGGAUUUGGAAGAGAAGCGUCGAAAUGAGGCUGAAGAGAAGGCAGCGGAGACCGCACGUUUGGUUGCGGAGGCUGCAGCUAGAGCCAAGACGGAAGACCCUUUUGCAGCUGCACCGAGCACACCUUCUGUGCCUGUUGCAGGAGCUACCUCGUCUUCGAGUUCUGUUCGGAGCCCACUGGUGCAGAAUAGAGCGGAGAAGUACCUUCCAUCUCUGCCGAUGCUAGAGCAUCAAGGCAUGAACAAGGGCAGGAUGCGAGAAGUCGAGACAUGGCAUGCCUACUUGGAAACAUUGUCAUCGUGGCUUGCUCUUCAAGAUGAGUCUUUCGUUCGAGAGUUGCAACUCUGCGUCAAGCAAAAGAACGAGAUCCUUCAGAAGGAUUUGGCGGAUGAUGUUGCUGCUCGAAGCGCGAAGCUUUACUACUAUCUCACCCAAUCUCUCUCACGUUGGGAAAGAGGUCAAGAGACCUCCACCGUGAUGGCGAUGAGGUUUGCCAAGCCUUCUGCUGUACGAGAAGUACUGAGCCAGCCUGAGCCUGAGAAGCCUAAGCCCGUAGCAGUAGUCCCUAGACCGGUCGCUGUAGAGCCGAAAGUCACUGUAGAUGAGAAGGUAGGCACCCUGACUGGAAGCACCUCGAAGGGAGAUGCGGCAUACGUCUGCGCGUCGCUGCAGGGAUCGGACAUGGAGAUCGACUCUCUUCCUGUUGACAAGGAACCCAGGAAAGACAUUACUGCAGGACCAAGCAUCCUGAAGAAGACUUCGAAAGAAGCGAAGAGUGAUGAGAAGCCUGGAAAGGUACUGAGCAUGUCGGAACCUCAAAUGGAGGUGGAGCAAGAUUCCCACAACUCUCCAGCGGAGAGUACCGGGCAGGAGGUUGUGUUUUUGAAUGCACCAGUAGAGCCUGCACCAGCAGAGGCGGCGCCAGCCGAGACUGCGGAUGCAGGGGCUUCAGUUGCCCCCUUCAAUGUUUUCUCGAGGCCUCCGAGUCAAGUUGCAGUACCUUCGCCUUCGGUGGCUGCAUCAGAGACAGGAGAAACAGAAGAGGAGGAAGCAUGGGGAAAAUGGAGGGCUCAAACGGUGGCAUCCACAAGCAAGCCUUCGCAGCCAUCAGCCGAGCCGCCGCUGAUAGUGAAGUGGAGAAGCAUGCUGAGAGGACCGCGCUACAGGUAUUUUAUGCAAGCGAUACGACAACAGCGAGAAGAUCUUAUUGCAUGUGGAUACCCUGUGCCGGCAAUUCCAGAGAACAACCUGGAACCUGCAGUUCCACUUAUGUCUAUCGGAGAUGGGCUCGUUUAUCCUUCCCGCCAGGGGACCAUCUUUGCGUCAUUGACAGAUGCUUUGAUGACCGACGGCUACCUCCUCGAGGUUGGACAGAAGCUCCUUGGGCGGAUCCAACGUCCAGACCCAGAUGUGGGACCGUGCCUGGGAACGGGCUGGUCCAAGAGGCUUCGCGAUCACGAUCCCGAUCCUCUGGAUGGAACGCCCUACAUCAGCGCAGAGGUUGCGUGGGCGCUGUGGCUGCCCGAGUUUCCGGAAGCCCCGGAGCAUGGGGGCAUCCUUCCGGUGAAGAGAAAGAGGGAUUUUUCCCAGCUCACCGACGAGUUGUUGGACGAGCGUACUACAAGGUUCGAACUCGCGGGUCAAGGCCGCACUCUUCAUCAACGCGGCGUGCGUGCAAGGGACGCGCGUGCAGCUCUCGAAGGGUAUACUCCCGAUCCAAGUCACCUACGCCACCAGAGUGGCGGGGACGUAGCUGCGCUGGGUUACAUCAAGCGUAUCCUCAAGGUCCUGACCGUUUACGAGGCCAUGCCGGAGGCGGAACGCAACCUUUUGGCUGGAAUGUAUCCAGACGACGUCGAGCUCCAGCUCGAGUGGGUGCCAGGCUCAGCCAUCAGACAUGGGUGGCGUGCGUUAAUGGGGGCAAUGGAUCAGCGCACCCGGCGCUUUAUCGAGUUCGAAGCAGAGGUCCGAAAAUGGGAGGACUUGCAGUCCGCUCGACCCAAGGUCAAGGCCAGAAGGAUGGCUGCAGCUGCUUCCACAGAGACUGCAGAUACUGGAGGUGGAAUUGGAGAGCUGGACGAUGGAGAAUUGAGAACUGCAGAUACGGAGGUCUCGCGUGCCGAGGUCUCGGAGACAGAGUCUGCAGAGUCAUCCUCUACAAGUUCGUCGGACGAAUCGAUUCCAAUGGGGGAAUACAUGAUGCAGAGCCGGACCAGAGUUUUGGCGCUCAUCGAAGCGGAGAAAGCCUUGAAGAAUGUGGGCUCCUCUGCGCCGCCCCCACCGUCUCCGAUCAUUAUGGAGCCAUCGCCGGUCGCGACGGACGGGUACAAGUUCGAUCCAGCAGCCCUAGGAACCCCUCCGGGGGACACUGCAGCUCCCUCAACGCCGGUACCUCCUUCGCCUUCCGCAGUUUCAUUGGCCCCUUUGGAGUCCUUCAAGUUCUUGGAUGUCCCACCUGUUGCUUCUUCUGGUCCCUCGGACCACAGUGUGGAGCCGAUGGUGGUGGAAAAGGAGCGGGCCCCAGAAACUCCAGGACCCACGGCACCGGUUGGAGCUCCAAUUUCCACAACGGAGAGUGUGCCGGAGACCCCUCCUCCAGGGGAAAUUCCAGGUCCCGGUUAUGUCCCGAAGGCAGCUCCUGGGGAAAUUCCGGGUGCUCUUUCGAAAGCCAAGGCAGCACCAGCGGGGGCUACACCGAAGGCCUGGUUUGUGGUUCCAACUUCCUCGCCUUUGACGGUUCCAGAAGCGCCAGUGGCUGUAGAGUCUUUGCCUGCAGCUCCAGAGCCAGCAACCGUGGCGGCGGAGGAAGGGCCUACAUCCGAGACCGCUACAUCAUCCGCAGCGGAUGCCCUUCCGCCUCCGGGCGGCUUGGGUCAAACAGCCGAAGAGAGGAAGUUUGUGCUUCCUUCCCCUGGACAGAAGAAGUGA